AUGGGAAAUGGAUAGUGUUGUAAAAGAGUAGAAAGAAUUGAAACAUUAGAAGUUGACAAUACUCCUCCUCAUCAUACUAAAAUAGACUCACUUUUUGAUGCACCACAAUAAAUGAUUUCUCUAUCUGAUUCUGAUGAAGACUAUUAACCAUAAAAAUAGCCCUAGUUUGGAGUUUUUAAAGAUACAAAAAAAGGUUCCCAGCUAUCAACUGGCUAGUAAUAUUCUUUUUAAACACUACCAUCUGAAUAAUAAUUCUCUAAUUUUGUUACUUUUUAGGCGAUACCAUCAUAGAAAGGAAUAAAAAAUAAUUGUUUCUCUAAAUUUUAAAAAGAAAUGAAUGAUAUUGCUAAAAAUAUACCAUUGAACUAAAAGAACCAUCAAAUAAAAUGA